UGACGUCUCUAUGGAAACGACACCACUAAACAUGUCGCAGAAGUCAAUGGGAAUAUUGUGUAAGUGAAGCAGUGGAGCAGCGCAACUAUUGUGUGAACGAAAAGACAUGGCGACCAAGCACAACUAUACAACACACAGUACACUUCUGGAGCAACGAUGGAGGAAAGUGCAACAACAGCGACUCAAUUUACCAAUGCCAAUUGGUUUCCUGCAAAGUGGCAGCGCCAUGGCUGUCUCCCAAGCAGUCGAGGCUUACAGGCAGAACAAAGAGCAGGGCAGAGUUGUGCGCAGCCCGUCACCGGAGCCUCACUUCCAUUCUACUAUGCAAAGUGAGGAUAGGAAACAAAGGAUGAACUACAUAUUCCUGAAGCAGUGUGUAGAAAGCCGGCCAGUCAUUCCCAUCCCUCAGCAGUGGUUGAACUCAAUUGAUUCCAAAAUCCCUCCCGAACUUAAAGACAGCACUCAGAAAAACAAAAUCCUGCAGGAGCUCCUCAACGAAGUCACUGACAACUUUCAUGACGUUGUCGUCAAGCUCACAGUGGAGACAUUCCUAAAGAAUCCAGAGUGUGAAGAAACUACCUCAGAAACACAUACACCUCUUCCACCAGAAAUUCUUGAAUUUUCCCAAACACGACAUGAGAGCUUUAUCACAAACCGGAACCAGAUAAAGGAAAAUUUGCACGUUCUACAUCCCAUUAUGCAAACUAUUUUGGAUAUUGGCUACACAACCUUUUCAUCGAUGGUUUUUGUGGAUCUUUCAGGAUAUAGGGCUUUGGGACCUGUUGAUUCCAAGGUGUUGCAGAAAGACCUGGCUGUAGAAUGCGAGACAACACAACAGAGCAUCAUGAAUACCUGGUUCCCUAAAGUCAUCAAUUUAUUAACAAGUCCAAAAACAUUGGGGUCAGUUAAAGAAGAAUCCCUGGAUUCCUUCUUUGACUGCGCAUGCACCCUCAUCUCCAAUCAGUUGAAAGCCCUACUUCAGAGGAGUGUAGAGGAGUUUGUCAGCCCAUUUGAGCCAAGCAACAACCACCUCUUGCCCAUCUUUCGAAUGGCACUGACGUUAAAUGAAGAAAAGAUGGAAAUAUGCCCCACCUUACAGGAGCUGGAAGCAGAUGUUUUUGAAAUCUUUAAUACAAUCACAAGUACACUGCAGAAAGUGCAGACAAUCCAUUCAUGGCUGGCAAAUUCCACAUCUGCAUUUGUGGAUGCUAAGACCCCUGAACACACCCUUGCUUGGGCUCAUUUCACUGUGAAAGCAACUGUGCGUGAGAAUCUAAAUGAACCAGACAAAUAUUUCCAGAAUUAUGUUGACAACUAUGACUGGUUAGUCAAUGGAACUGCUCAGACUCGAGUUGAGACCUUUGUAGAAGAAACCCAUUCAUUUGCUGAAUAUAUUCAGCAAGUGGAUGAGUUUCGUGACUUGUCAAGGAAGAUUGAAAACCUCCCAACCAAAGCUCACUUUUCAAUGGUCCAAUUGGAUUGUGAGGAGCUGAAUCACGGACUGGCUAAUAAAUCUAAAGCCUUUGCUGAAACACUUAUUAAAAAAAUGACAACCAAACACUGUGAACAAAAUCUACAGACCUGCCGUGAUUUUGAAACCAUCCGAGAAAAUGCUUUGAAAGUACCCGACACGACAGACGACAUGGCCAACAUGAUUGAAUACAUUGAAUUAACUAAGACAAAGGGUAUCACACUUCUCAAUAAAAAAAUAAAGAAAGCCCACAGCAGACUGAGCUACCUCCUAGAUGUCCACAUAUUUGAACCUGAAGAUCUAGAACUGAAUUCAACUGUGUUUAUGUGGCCAUUGAAAAUCCAAGAGGUCUUUGAACUCAGCAAUGAGCUUUUGCAGAAGUCCAAGAAGACAGGGGAGAGAGAGAUGCUUGCUAAAAGAGAAAGCGCAAUGGCACAUCUGGCCAAGCUGCAACGUAGGGUUGAAGAAUUCCCCCACUGUUCUGAGCUUGAUAUGAUGCAGCAGUACAUGACAGAGGUCAGAACAGUUCAGAUCCUUCUUCGCGAGGUUGAGGAAACCAUCAUUGACAUCCACAAAGAUGAGGUUUUUCAUCAAUGGGAACAAACAUAUUAUCCUGAAGUUGAGGUCAUCAGAGAGAGCGUUGAACAGUACCAGAAGGUGUUUGGGUUCAUAUUCAAAUGGCAGCGUGCAGAGAAAAGCUGGAUGGAUGGUUCUUUCCUGGAACUUCAUGGUGAGGGAAUGGAGAUAAAAGUGGAUGAGUUCUACAGGGAGAUCUUCAAGAUGCUGAAGUAUUUCCAACAGAAAAAGAGCAAGGCUGAACAGGAAACAAAGAAGUCAACUGGAUCCAGAGGGCGACGUGAUGAAGACAGCACAAACAAGGAAGAGAGUUCUACAAUAGCCCUGUGCUCCACUGUACUAGAGCAAAUCAAAGAGUUCAAGGAGUAUAUCCCUUUAGUGUCUGUCCUGUGUAAUCCGGGUAUCAGAGAUCGCCACUGGCAGCAGAUGUCAGACAUCGUUGGGUAUGACCUCACUCCUCACUCUGGUACAACACUACGAAAAGUUCUACAAAACGACUUGUCUCCUUACCUGGAAGAGUUUGAGUCAGUCAGUACUACAGCUAGUAAAGAAUUUUCCAUGGAGAAGGCCAUGCAAACCAUGGUCACUGCUUGGGAUGGUGUUUCUCUCCAGCAUCAGCUAUACAGAGACACUGGUGUGUCCAUCCUGACGGCUUUGGAUGAAAUUCAGGCUAUGCUAGAUGAUCAGAUUGUGAAAACUCAGACAAUGAGGAGCUCGCCGUUCAUCAAGCCCCUUGAAAAAGAGGUCAAGAUUUGGGAGGAGCGUCUUCUUCGCAUUCAGGAAACCAUUGAUGAGUGGCUGAAGGUGCAGGCUCAGUGGCUCUACCUUGAGCCCAUCCUCUCUUCUCAGGAUAUUAUGCAGCAAAUUCCAGAAGAAGGAAGGCUCUUCCAAAUUGUUGACAAAAACUGGAAGGAGGUCAUGCGGCACUGUGUUAAGGACUCAAAGAUUCUUCAGGCAACCUCAAUGCCUAGCCUACUAGAGAAACUAAUAGAGUCCAACUGCCACUUGGAGACCAUCAUGAAGGGACUAAAUGACUAUCUGGAGAAAAAGCGUCUCUUCUUUCCAAGGUUCUUCUUUCUGUCCAAUGAUGAAAUGCUGGAAAUUCUUUCUGAGACCAAGGACCCACUCCGUGUACAAUCCCAUCUCAGGAAGUGCUUUGAGGGUAUUGCCAAACUAGACUUUCUACCAAAUCUUGAUGUCCAGGCCAUGUACAGCAGUGAAGGAGAGCGUGUUGCGCUAAUUCAGCUCAUCUCCACAACUGAGGCCAAAGGUGCAGUAGAGAAGUGGCUGGUACAAGUGGAAGAAUGGAUGGUUCGCAGUGUCAGGGAUGUAGUGGACCGCUCCAGGACGGCUUAUGCUGAAACUCCACGGAACAAGUGGGUGAAGGAGUGGCCCGGACAGGUGGUGAUAUGUACCUCACAAAUGUUCUGGACCUUGAACGUGCAUGAAGCCAUCAGGGCGGGGGCUCAAGGUGUGAAAAACUACUACGAGCAACUCCAGAAACAGCUGAAUGAAAUUGUGGAGCUGGUGAGAGGGAAACUCCCCAAACAAACACGGAUUACUUUGGGAGCAUUGGUGACAAUUGAUGUCCAUGCCAGGGAUGUAGUCAUGGAGCUCAUUGAACACGAUGUGACAAAUGAAAGUGAUUUCCGAUGGCUUGCCCAGCUUCGUUACUACUGGAGCAAUGACAACGUUCGAGUUCGCAUCAUGAACUGUGAUGUUAAGUAUGCAUACGAGUACCUGGGGAACUCUCCUCGACUAGUCAUCACCCCGCUGACUGACAGAUGCUACAGAACUCUGAUUGGGGCUUUUUUUCUAAAUCUGGGUGGUGCACCCGAGGGUCCAGCUGGAACUGGAAAGACUGAAACCACCAAGGAUCUAGCCAAAGCCUUAGCUGUGCAAUGUGUGGUCUUCAACUGUUCCGAUGGACUAGAUUAUCUUGCUAUGGGCAAAUUUUUCAAAGGUUUGGCUUCAUCUGGAGCAUGGGCAUGCUUUGAUGAAUUCAACCGUAUUGAGCUUGAGGUCCUGUCUGUAGUGGCCCAGCAAGUACUCUGCAUCCAGAGGGCCAUCAAGCUGAAGUUGGAGUACUUUGACUUUGAAGGAACCAUGCUCAAACUCAAUCCCAACUGUUUUGUGUCCAUCACCAUGAACCCUGGUUACGCAGGACGCUCUGAACUCCCUGACAACCUCAAGGUGUUGUUUCGAACAGUGACCAUGAUGGUCCCCAAUUAUGCACUGAUAGCAGAGAUCUCUCUGUAUUCAUAUGGAUUCCUCAAUGCCAAGCCUCUGUCAGUCAAGAUUGCAAUGACUUACAGGCUCUGUUCAGAGCAGCUCUCCUCACAGUUCCAUUAUGAUUAUGGCAUGAGAGCUGUCAAAGCUGUACUUGUGGCUGCAGGAAACCUCAAGCUCAAGUAUCCAGAUGAGAAUGAGGACAUAUUGAUUUUGAGGUCUAUAAAAGAUGUUAACGAGCCCAAGUUUAUCUCGCACGAUAUUCCGCUAUUCAAUGGAAUCACCAGUGAUUUGUUCCCUGGCAUCUCCCUUCCUAAGGCUGACUAUCAGUUGUUUUUGGAGGCUGCAACAGAGUGCUGUACAAAACACAAUGUACAGUCAACACAGAUCUUCAUAGAAAAGAUGAUACAGACAUAUGAGAUGAUGAUAGUCCGGCAUGGGUUCAUGCUGGUGGGAGAGUCAUUUUCAGGUAAGACCAAAGUACUUCAUGUUCUAGCCGACACACUUAUUCUGAUGAAUGAAAGAGGAUACGGAGAGGAAGAAAAGGUCAUCUUCAGGACUUUGAACCCAAAGUCCAUCACCAUGGGUCAGCUCUUUGGACAGUUUGAUCUUGUUUCUCACGAGUGGACAGAUGGGAUUGUGGCCAACACAUUUCGUGAGUAUGCAUCGUCUGAAACGCCAGAUCGUAAAUGGGUGGUGUUUGAUGGUCCCAUUGAUACACUAUGGAUUGAGAGUAUGAACACUGUACUGGAUGACAACAAAAAGUUAUGUCUGAUGAGUGGAGAAAUUAUCCAGAUGUCCAAUCAAAUGAGUCUGAUUUUUGAAGCAAUGGAUCUGUCACAGGCCUCUCCGGCCACAGUCAGUCGAUGUGGUAUGAUCUACAUGGAACCAUCUCAGUUGGGCUGGGAGCCUUUAGUGAUCUCCUGGAUGAACACACUUCCUGAGGUUCUGCAGAGUCCUAACAAUAACAGCCUGCUGCAAGAACUCUUCUACUGGCUGAUGCCACCUACCUUCAGGAUUCUGCGUAAAAACUGCAGAGAAGUUGUCCCAACAACUAACUGGAACACAACAGUAUCAUUAUGUAGACUGUUUGAGAUGCUGCUAACUGAACCCCUAGAGACGGAGACGGGAGAUAAAAUUAUUCGCACUUGGAUCAUGGCAGCCUUUACCUUUUCGUUGGUGUGGUCAGUGGGUGGCAGCUGUGAUUCAAACAGCCGGGAGAAGUUUAGCGAGUUCUUCAGGGAUAUUGUGUCUGGAAAAAUAGGGGAACAUCCAGUUCCUGAUGUUGUGGGGAAAUGGGAAUGCCCAGUAGAUGAGAAAGGCUUGGUGUAUGACUAUUUCUAUGAGUUUAAAGGAAAAGGAAAAUGGAUUCACUGGAAUGAUGCCAUCAAAAAUGUCAGCCUGGGAGACAAAAACACCAAAGUGCAGGACAUCAUUGUUCCCACCAUAGACUCAGUUCGCUACACCUACCUAAUGGACAUUUGCAUCACCAAUGGCGUGCCUUUGCUGUUGGCUGGCCCUACUGGCACUGGAAAGUCUGUGUAUGUGAAGGAGAUGUUGAUGAACAGCCUGGACAAUGACCUAUUUUUACCCCUCUUGAUCAAUUUUUCUGCCCGCACCACUGCCAACCAAACACAGAACAUCAUCAUGGCCAAAUUAGAUAAGAGACGGAAGGGUGUGUUUGGCCCCCCCGUGGGAAAAAAAUAUGUCAUAUUUAUAGAUGAUGUGAAUAUGCCAGCACUGGAACAGUUUGGAGCUCAGCCUCCCGUGGAGCUUCUUCGACAGUUUAUGGAUCACAAAAAGUGGUAUGACCUGAAAGAUACUUCCGGCAUCAAAUUAGUUGACAUCCAGCUUAUCUCAGCCAUGGGUCCUCCUGGUGGAGGAAGGAAUGCUGUGACAUCCCGUUUCCUGCGUCACUUCAACAUUUUUAGCAUCAAUUCUUUUAGUGAUGAGACUAUGGUUCGCAUCUUUUCCAUCAUGGUGGCGUUCUAUCUCAAAAACAAUGACUUUCCGCCGGAAUAUUUCACCAUUGGCAGCCAAAUAGUGACAGCCACCAUGGAAGUUUACAAGAAAGCCAUGGAGAACUUGCUUCCGACGCCAGCCAAGUCUCACUACACUUUUAACCUGCGGGACUUCUCUCGUGUUAUCCAAGGCUGCCUGUUAUUGAAAAGCAAAUCUCUGGAGAACAAACGCACUAUGAUUCGCUUGUUUGUCCAUGAGGUCUUCCGCGUCUUCUAUGACCGUCUGGUGGAUGAUAAGGAUCGAGCAUGGUUCUAUCAGCUGAUGAACAUCAUCCUCAAAGAUCACUUCAAGGAAGCCUUUAACCAAGUGUUUGAUCACCUGAAACAAGGCAGUAAAUUGGUGGAGCAAGACCUGCAGAUUCUACUGUUUGGAGACUAUAUGAACCCUGAUGUGGCGCCUGAUGAUCGCCUGUAUGCUGAGGUGCCCUCCAUAGAGAGCUUUGCUGAGGUGGUAGAGGCAUGUCUUGUUGAAUACAACCAGAUGAACAAGAGCCGAAUGAAUCUCGUCAUUUUCCGCUAUGUCUUGGAGCACCUGUCCCGUAUAAGCCGUGUGUUGAAGUAUCCAGGAGGGAAUGCCCUGCUCAUAGGAGUGGGAGGCAGUGGACGCCAGUCCAUCACUCGAUUGGCCACAUUCAUCGCCCAGAUGACUCUCUUUCAGCCAGAGAUCUCAAAGAGCUAUGGCAUGGUUGAGUGGAGAGAUGACCUCAAGAAACUGCUGAAGAAUGCUGGGGUGAAAGGCCAAAGAACAGUUUUUUUGCUCACUGAUGCUCAGAUCAAAGACGAAGCUUUUCUAGAAGAUAUAAACAGUGUCCUGAACACAGGAGAAGUGCCCAAUAUGUUUGCAAUGGAUGAGAAACAGGAAAUCAUUGAGACAGUACGCCCCAUUGCCCUAGGGAGGAAUAGGAGUGUGGAUUUGAGCCCUUUGACUCUGUACUCCUUCUUCGUGGCUCGUUGCAAGGAGAAUCUUCACAUCGUUGUGGCCUUCAGUCCGAUUGGUGAAGCCUUUCGUAAUCGUCUGCGGCAGUUUCCUUCUCUUAUUAACUGUUGCACCAUUAAUUGGUUCCAGCCAUGGCCAGAGGAGGCUCUAGAGCGGGUAGCCAACUCUUUCCUGAAGCCGCUGGAGAUGAAAGAGGAUGAGCAGAAGGAAGUCGUACCAACCUGCAUAACAUUCCAUACCUCUGCCAUCCAGCUUUCACAGAGAUUUCUCACUGAGCUUGGUCGGCAUAAUUAUGUUACUCCGACAUCUUAUCUGGAGCUGAUGGCAGCAUUCAGUCAGCUCCUCACGAUGAAAAGAGACACAGUCAUGAAGGCCAAAAAGAGAUACACCAACGGUCUGGAAAAAUUAGCCUUUGCUGAAUCUCAGGUUGGUGAGAUGAAAGUGGAGCUGGUGGAAUUGCAGCCCAAACUAGAAGAUGCACAGAUUGAAAAUGACAGAAUGAUGAAGGUGAUAGCAGUGGAGUCUGUUGAAGUGGAAGCUACAAGUAAACUUGUGCGUGUGGAAGAGGAGGCCACAGCUAUUCAAGCCGCUGAAGCUCAAGCACUGAAGGAUGAGUGUGAUAGUGAAUUGGCUGAGGCCAUCCCUGCCCUGGAGGAGGCAACUGCAGCCUUGAACACCUUAAAGCCUGCUGACAUCACUGUUGUGAAGUCCAUGAAAAACCCUCCCUCAGCAGUGAAACUGGUGAUGUCAGCUGUGUGCGUCAUGAUGGGAAAAACACCAGAUAAGAUUGCGGAUCCAGCUGGGUCGGGAAAAAAGGUAUUGGACUACUGGGGUCCGAGCAAGAAGCUGUUGGGGGAUAUGAACUUUCUACGGGAUCUUAAAGAAUAUGACAAGGACAAUAUUGCUGAGGACGCGAUACAAAAAAUUCGUUCUACCUACAUGACCAAUCCUGACUUCAACCCUGCUCAGGUGGCAAAAGCCUCCUCAGCAGCAGAGGGCCUAUGCAAGUGGAUCAAAGCAAUGGAGUCAUAUGACAGGGUGGUGAAGAUCGUGGCUCCCAAAAAGGCCAAACAAGCUGAGGCUCAGAAGACACUGGCUUCUGCCAUGGCUGAGCUAGCAGAGAAGAGAGCCAAGCUGAAGGAGGUUGAGGACCGUUUGGCUGACCUGAAAAGAACAUCUGAGGAAAAGACAGCAGAGAAAGCCAAACUGGAAGCUCAAAGAGAUUUGUGUCAAAGAAAGUUGGAGCGAGCUGAGAAACUCAUUGGUGGUCUCGGUGGAGAAAAAACUAGAUGGUCCAAAGCUGCUGAUGAUCUACAAAACACAUAUGACAACCUGACUGGAGAUGUCCUUAUCUCUGCUGGUGUUAUGGCCUAUCUGGGCGCUUUCACAGCCAGCUUCAGGCAGGACUGCAUCAGUCAAUGGAUCAUGCUGUGUCAAACGAGGAACAUUCCAUCAUCAGAUGACUUCUCUCUCAGUAAGACCCUGGGAGAUCCUAUUAAGAUUCGGGCGUGGAACAUUGCUGGUCUGCCCACUGACUCCUUCUCUAUUGACAAUGGCGUCAUUACCAGUUAUUCACGUCGAUGGCCCCUGAUGAUUGACCCUCAAGGUCAGGCCAACAAAUGGGUGAAGAAUUCAGAGAAAGAGAACAGUUUAAAUGUAAUCAAAUUAACAGAUGAUGACUACAUAAGAACUUUGGAAAACUGUAUUCAGUUUGGAAGCCCUUUGCUGCUAGAAAAUGUACUAGAAGAGUUGGACCCAUCACUGGAACCUCUACUCCUCAAGCAAACCUUCAAACAAGGUGGCGUGGAAUGCAUCAAACUGGGGGACAGCGUGAUCGAGUACUCCUCCGAUUUCCGCUUCUACAUCACCACCAAGCUGAGGAACCCUCAUUAUCUACCUGAACUGGCCACCAAGGUGUCUCUGCUCAAUUUUAUGAUCACCCCAGAGGGCUUAGAGGACCAACUGCUGGGAAUUGUGGUUGCCAAGGAAAGGCCCGAGUUGGAAGAGGAGAGAAAUGCACUAAUUCUGCAGUCAGCUGAAAAUAACAGGCAACUCAAGGAAACGGAGGACAAGAUCCUUGAGACACUAGCGUCCUCAGAGGGAAAUAUUCUGGAAGAUGAGAGUGCUAUUCAGAUUCUAGACUCAGCAAAGAUAAUGUCCAAUGAGAUUUCAAAGAAACAAAAGAUUGCAGAGGAGACUGAGAUAAAGAUAGCAGAGUCGAGAGAGUGUUACAGAGCCAUUGCCAAGCACUCCUCCGUCUUGUUCUUCACGAUUGCUGACCUGACCAACAUCGACCCAAUGUAUCAAUACUCUCUCAGUUGGUUUGUCAACCUCUAUACAAACUCCAUCCAAGAUAGUAAAAAGUCCAAGAUCCUCGAAAAGAGGGUGAUGUACCUGAUAGAUUACUUCACUUAUAACUUGUUCUGCAACGUGUGUCGGUCACUGUUUGAGAAGGAUAAACUUCUCUUCUCCUUUCUCCUGUGCUGCAAUCUACUUCUGGCAAAAGAGGAGAUUGAGUACAAUGACUUAAUCUUUUUGAUGACUGGAGGCGUGGGUCUGCACAACACCAUUGCUAAUCCCGAUCCAAGCUGGUUGCAGGACAAGAGCUGGGAUGAGAUUUGCAGAGCAAACGAGCUUCCUGGUUUAAAAGGAAUAAAAGACGCUUUCAUUGGGGAUCCAGAACUUUUCAAGCCUAUUUUUGACAGCAAAGAGCCGAGCAACACCCCUGUGCCCUCACCUUGGUGUGAUCAACUCAAUGAACUGCAGAAGAUGAUCAUCAUCCGCUGUCUCAGGCCUGAUAAGAUUGUGCUGGCCGUAAACAAAUAUGUCAUAAGUAAAUUGGGGAAAAAUUUUGUUCAGCCCCCGCCCUUUGACUUAAGUAAGAGCUACCUGGACUCCAACUCCACCAUCCCACUGGUGUUUGUGCUUUCUCCUGGUGCUGACCCCAUGGCUAGCUUACUGAAGUUUGCAGGUGACAAGGACAUGGGUGGUAGCAAGUUCCAGUCUAUUUCUCUGGGACAGGGCCAAGGACCCAUUGCUUCCAAAAUGAUAUCCACGGCCAUGCAGGAUGGGACAUGGGUGUGUUUGCAGAAUUGUCACCUGGCAGUUUCCUGGAUGUCCACCCUGGAGAAGAUCUGUGAGGAGUUUAGUCCCGCAAUAUGCCACCAAGACUUCCGACUUUGGCUCACAAGCUACCCUUCGCCCAAGUUUCCAGUGACCCUAUUGCAGAAUGGGGUGAAAAUGACAAAUGAACCCCCAACAGGACUUCGACUAAACAUACUGCAGUCGUACAUGUCAGAUCCUGUUUGUGACCAAAACUUCUUCAAUAACUGUCCUAAUAAAGAACUGAUUUGGGAAAAGCUCCUGUAUGGCCUGUGCUUCUUCCAUGCGCUUGUUCAGGAGAGGAGGAAGUUUGGUCCACUGGGCUGGAAUAUUCCUUAUGGCUUCAAUGAAACUGACCUUCACAUUAGUAUCAGACAGCUCCAGUUGUUUAUCAACGAAUAUGAUGAGGUGCCCUUCGAGGCCAUAACUUAUCUGACCGGAGAGUGCAACUAUGGAGGCCGCGUGACAGACAACUGGGAUCGGCGCCUCCUGAACACCAUGUUAGCUGACUUCUACAACAAGGAUGUCGUGGAGAAACCUUCUUAUCCUUUCUCACCGAGUGGUGAUUAUGUUGCACCUCCCAAAUCGGCCUAUGGAGACUAUCUCCGAUUUAUCAAGGAGCUUCCAGUCAGCCAGCACCCAGAAAUAUUUGGGAUGAAUGAAAAUGUGGACAUUUCUAAGGACCUGCAGCAGACCAAGCUCCUGUUUGAUUCAUUGCUGCUCACCCAGGGAGGCGGCUCUAAGGGAGGGGGUAGCUCUGGGAGUGACAACACGCUGUAUGACAUAGCAAAUGAUAUCCUCUCUAAGAUUCCAAGUAAUUUUGACAUUGAAGCAGCUCUCAUGAAGUACCCAGUUCUCUACAAGGAGAGUAUGAACACUGUGCUUGUCCAAGAAAUGGAGCGCUACAACACGCUGUGUACCACCAUCCGUGUCAGUCUUCAGAACUUGCUGAAGGCCCUCAAGGGUUUAGUGGUGAUGGAUGCAGAGCUGGAGGGAAUUGCAGGGAGUUUAAUAGUGGGCAAGGUCCCAGAGAAAUGGGCCAAACGCUCGUACCCGAGCCUCAAGCCCGUGGGGAGCUACAUCACUGACUUUCUGUCAAGGCUCAAGUUUUUGCAGGAUUGGUACGACUCUGGUAAGCCCAGUGUGUUCUGGCUGUCAGGCUUCUUCUUCACCCAGGCCUUCCUAACGGGGGCUACACAGAACUAUGCCAGAAAAUAUAACAUUCCAAUUGACCUGCUUGGCUUUGACUUUGAGGUUCUUCCCAUUGAUGAGUCAGAAUCGCCUCCUGAAGAUGGUGUCUACAUUAAUGGAUUGUUUCUUGAUGGAGCCCGAUGGGACAAACAAAGUGGAGGUUUAGUUGAGCAGUAUCCCAAAAUCCUAUUUGUGUCGAUGCCCAUUAUCUGGAUAAAACCCACUAAAGACAUCCCAGAUGAGUCUGAUAGUCGCUAUGUUUGUCCUCUUUAUAAGACCAGCGAGAGGAGGGGAACCCUCUCUACAACAGGACAUUCCACUAAUUUUGUCAUUCCUAUGAUGCUGCCCACCACCAAACGCCCUCAACACUGGAUCAAGCGUGGUGUGGCGCUGCUCUGUCAGCUUGAUGACUGAG